AUGACGGACAACCACGGAGCCCGCACAUCGCCAGCGGCCGGCAACGGUCGCUCGGAGCAUAGCCACGCCCACGAAUCAUCCCCGCUUCUCCCGACGACCGCGUUCCGGGUCGCCCACGAAUCCAUCUCGAGCCGCAUCGCGCACGAGGGCGAAAGCGGCAGAAGUGGAUUUCAUAUCGGGCAUUUCCUGGUCGUGCUAUGGCGCAGCUCAUGCACCGCCUCCAUGCUGGUCAACGUGCUCUGGCCCGUCGUCCCGGUUGCCAUUGUGCUCCAAUUCCUCCCCGGCCUGCAUCUUUGGAAGUUCGCCGCCGCUUACGUGGCCGUCGUGCCCUCGGCCAACCUCUUGGGCUUCGCCGGGCAGGAGUUCGCCCGCAAGAUGCCAAAGGUCGCCGGCAUCCUGAUCGAGACGACCUUUGGCUCCAUUGUGGAGAUCAUCCUCUUCGUCAUACUCAUUGCGAAGCACGAUGCGUCAUCUGCCGUGGACAAUGGCGACGAGGGCAACCUGGUCCCCAUCAUCCAAGCCGCCAUCCUCGGGAGCAUCUUGACGAAUCUGCUGCUCUGUCUCGGCCUGUGCUUCUUCUUCGGCGGCAUCCGCCAUGCUAGCCAGAAGUUCCACGCCAUUGUGUCCGAGGUCGGCACCGGGCUUCUUUUGGUCGCCGCCUUUGGGCUUCUCAUCCCCAGUGCCUUCUACUCCUCUCUCAAGUCCGAGGCCGUGCCGGCAAUCCCUGGCUUGCGGGCGAUGCACGAGAAGCUCACAGAGGGUGCUCUCCACGCCGAUGUCCUGAGCAUCAGCCGCGCAACCUCGAUUGCUCUCAUCGUUGCCUUUCUGCUGUACAUCUGGUACCAGGCCAGCAGCCAGCACAGCAUCUUUGACGAGGUCAUCGAAUUGGACGAGCACCGCGACGCGGACCGUGAAGCCGACAUGGAGAAGCCCAAGUUCACCCUGACCGAGACUGCAAUUGCCCUCGUCAUAUCCUUGGCGGUUGUGACGCUUCUUCUCGUCUUUCUGGUCCAAGGAAUCGAACAUGUCGUGCACAGCGGUGUCCCGGACCAGUUCUUGGGCCUGAUUCUUCUCCCUCUCGUAGAAAAAGCUGCAGAGCAUCUGACAGCCAUCGACGAGGCUUGGGACGGUGUCAUCAACGUCGCGCUGUAUCAUUGCCUUGCUCCUUCGAUCCAGACCGCCCUUUUCAACGGCCCACUCGUCGUCCUUGUCGGCUGGGCCCUUGGGAAGCCGAUGGACCUGAAUUUUGAGAUCUUCAUGAUUGCACUGCUGGUUCUCUCAAUUCUUGUCGUCGGGAACUUCCUGCGAGACGGAGAGUCAAACUGGCUUGAGGGGGCUUUGCUCGUGGUUGUGUAUGCAAUCAUCGCCAUUGCUUGCUGGUACUACCCUAAUCCCGAUGUUGCCACGUCCAAUGGCCUGGAGGCUACGGAGGUGGUUAACAUUACGAUAAGUAUCGACACUUUACAACAACUGCAGCGCAUUCUAAGCGCAAACCUAGUCCACUAG